AACGGCUGAACGGCAAUACAGGGACUAAAUGUACCGCCGCCUACUCAGCACGGCAUCUUAGGAUUCGUUUAAUGUGAUAAAACACGGUCUCCUGAGGUCGUUAGAACGAAAAUAACAAUUCCCGGUGGAGAAUAUGAUAAUUUCAUAUCCGUUGUGGGCACGGCCAACUUUUAACUGCUAAAUCCGAGUGAGUCGUCGAGCAAAAAUGAACUUCAUCGACCGCAGAUAGUUUUUCUCUGAAACACUCAGCGGAAGUCUACCUGGGAUUAUAAAACAGUCUUUCAUCACCUGGGCUUUGUUUUUGUUUAUCGAAAAACGACUUGAAAUUCAUGGGACAACUACCUUUUCUAACUUUUUCUUGCAACAGCGAUGCAAGCUGUUCUCGAGGCGCUCAUUAACAUCAGCUAAUUUUAGCAAGCUAGCUGGGUACAUUAGCUGGCAGGCUAGCAGUACAUUCAGUUUGUUAUUGUCAGGACUUUGACAGUAAAAACCACAACUUUUCGCGUUUUCAAACGUCAGCAACAGGUUGACGUUUUAAACUUGACAAAGCAGUGCGACGCAGCAAAAUUAAAAAAAAAAAACGUCUGUGGCUGUUUUUUCACCUUUGUUAUGAAAGUUGUACUCCAAGUAGAGUCAUGAGUUUUUGGUUCGUGUUUUGAAGAUUACCCCCCGUGUUUCUGAAAACAAGUUGGCCAAAUGAUGCAGUCUUUGGACACACUCUAACCCCCAAUACAGAGCGACCAUGUUGGAUUAUACAGAAUAACGGCAGACUCGGACAGGGGGCGAGCUUCAAGUCGCGCAGUUGGCUCUAUGUUUUUGUGCUGAUGCGAACUGAAGAGGACACCUUUCAUUUAAACCAAGGGAUACGAUAGCUUUUUUUUCCGAAGUCCUCGUCCGUUUCUGCAUCAAAAUGUCGGCCAUCUCCGCAGCCGAGAAAGUGGACGGGUUUACGAGAAAGUCUAUGAGGAAGGCCCAGAAGCAGAGAAAAUCCCAGGGCUCCUCUCAGUACCGCACUCAGAGCGCUCCGGUGGAGCUUUCACCGCUGCCCCAGCUCAAAGAUGCCCCCUCCACAGAGCAGCAGGAACUGUUCACCCAGAAGCUCCAGCAGUGCUGCAUGCUCUUUGACUUCCUGGACUCUGUGACAGACUUAAAGAGCAAAGAGAUCAAGAGGGCAACGCUGAAUGAACUUGUGGAGUAUGUGUCCACUAACAGGGGGGUCCUGGUGGAGUCUAUGUACCCAGAGAUCACUGAUAUGAUCAGCACCAACAUAUUCCGCACUCUUCCACCAAGUGAUAACCCCGACUUUGACCCGGAGGAGGAUGAACCCACCCUAGAGGCUUCCUGGCCUCACAUUCAACUGGUGUAUGAGUUUCUCCUGCGCUUUCUAGAGAACCCAGACUUCCAGCCCAGCAUUGCAAAACGACACAUCGAUCAGAAGUUUGUUCUGCAGCUGCUGGAGCUGUUUGACAGCGAGGACCCAAGGGAGAGGGACUUCCUGAAGACCAUUCUGCAUCGCAUUUAUGGAAAGUUCCUGGGGUUGAGAGCCUUUAUCAGGAAGCAGAUCAACAACAUCUUUUUGAGGUUUAUCUAUGAAACUGAGCACUUCAAUGGAGUUGCUGAGUUGCUAGAAAUCCUUGGGAGUAUCAUCAACGGGUUUGCGUUGCCUCUGAAGGCCGAGCACAAGCAGUUCCUUAUGAAAGUGCUCAUACCAUUACACACAGCAAAAACAUUGUCCCUUUUCCAUGCACAGCUGGCCUACUGUGUGGUCCAGUUCUUGGAGAAAGAUCCUACGCUCACUGAGCCGGUGAUUCGUGGGCUGCUGAAGUUUUGGCCUAAAACCUGCAGUCAAAAGGAGGUUAUGUUCCUGGGAGAAAUUGAGGAGAUUCUGGACGUCAUUGAGCCAACGCAAUUCAAAAAAAUCCAGGAGCCGUUGUUCAAACAGAUCUCUAGAUGUGUGGCCAAUCCACACUUUCAGGUAGCAGAGCGAGCACUGUACUUCUGGAAUAAUGAGUACAUUCUCAGCCUCAUAGAGGAGAACAUCGACAAAGUCCUCCCCAUCAUGUUUGGUAGCCUGUACAGGAUCUCCAAAGAGCACUGGAACCCAACAAUCGUGGCUCUGGUCUACAAUGUGCUGAAGACUCUGAUGGAGAUGAACUGCACUCUGUUUGAUGAAUUGACGUCCUCAUAUAAAGCUGACAGGCAGCGGGAGAAGAAGAAGGAGCAGGAGAGGGACGAGCUGUGGAAGAAGCUAGAGGAACUGCGACUCGACAACAGCAGCCUGGUCCAGAACAACAGUCACAAACUCCUGAGUGUCCAGAACAACAACAACAACAACAACAACAGCAACAGCAGCAGCAGCAGCAGCAGCAGCAGCAGUAAUAACGAUAAUGACAACCAGGACAAGAGUGUUGAUGCUGUUGCUGUCACCACGGGUGACAAAGAUCCUGGCGUCAAAGAUCCAGACAUCAUUGAGAGUGACUCCUCUGCCAAAUGACAGCGGACACCAGUUUUUAUCCCCACAGGGUGUUCAUACCUGGUUCAGGACUGCCAGAAGACCAUUAAUGGAGACAGAAACAACACAAAUUACACCUCAGCAGUAUAAUAAAUCUACUUAGAGUGAUGUAGAAUGCCAGCAUUUCUUUGGCAGAUAAAAAAAAAAAAAUCUAUAUUUCAACUUAAGACUAUUUUUGGAUGUUACGGUGUGGCUGCAGUAUAUUGUUUGUCUGAUCAAAGAUGUAUCUUCUCACAUUUAGUUUCUUAACUGAAAUGAUUUUUUUGCUAUAUUCAUUGUAAUAUACACAGGAGAGGAGAAAAUAAUGACUUGAAUUCAAAGUUUCCAAUCGUGCUGCACUUAGACAAGCUGAAUAGCUAUUUAAAGAUGUCUAUUUUUCAGUGUGCUUUUCCUUGUUGCUGCCAACAUUUGUGCGAACCUUAAAGAAGAAGGGAACCGCAGACUUUGGGAGCGUCCGGGGCAGAUGGGACCAGAUCCAUAAUUAGACAUUUAGUGUCCAUUAAUGUCAAGAAAAGGGCUGUUAACAGGAGCAGAAGAUAGGUCCAUGAGAGGUGGAGGAUAAAAAGUGCAUGCCAAAAUCAAGAUAAAUCCAAAAGAAUUAUUAUCCCAAUCUGGAUUUCAUCUUUGUUGCUGGUUCCAGAUGGGACUUUAAAGCUAAAAACUACUCACAACUAGAGUAAAUUUCUUAUUUUUGCAACUAUUUGGGGGUUUCAGGUGUUGUAAAAUAUUUUCUUAUUUGGGUGGAGCUAAUAAUUAUAACAGCACUGGCAUUUAUGACUUUAUUUUCACUUAAGUGUUAGAAACAGCUUUGAAAGUCUGAAACAUUUUUCAGAAUCAAAAGCAUUGUCAUGACAUUUUGGGGACACACAUUGGUGCUUUUGUUAACUGUCAGACAAAAAGAUUGAUACUAUUCAUGUCUGUAGGAUAAAUAUGAAGCCACAGUUAGCAACUUGUUAGCUUAGCCUAGCAUGAAGAGUGACAACAUAGCACUUAAUGUAUUAAACAUGGAUGGGGUCUUAUUGAUGUCAACCAUUGGUUUCAGUUUAGUCAGGACCACUUUGUCAAAAACACUUGAUUUGCAGCUGUAAAUAUUUCUUUAUUAGCAGUUAUUAAUUAGCAUAUAUUGCUGUUGUUUAUGUUUGGCGGAGUGGCUGUCGUGAGAUCCCCCCUGCCCUUCCAUGAGCCUAUGUGUAAAGCAUUAAGCAGAAAUAGCACAGGUUCCUGCUCAAUGCAACUUCCGUUUAGGGUUAGGGUGAGGGUUAGGAUACCAAAGUUAAAGUUAAAAACCUGACCUGCAAAACCUAAUAACGUUAAAAGCCAAGUAAGCGGUCUUACAGGAGAAAAGCUUGUCCUCCAUGAAAACAUUCUAACUCAGCCAACGGAGCUAACAGAGCUAAAGCUAUGCUCACAAAGCGGCUACGUAAGCUUUGUAUCUUGUAUGUUAUCUGCAUAGCUUAAUUAGCUUUAGCGACAAUUGCUAAAGCUCAUGUUGCUAAAGCUAACUUAGCUAUGGAUAAUGUGGCUACAUUGCUAACUUAGCUAAGUAGCUAACAUAGCUAAAGCUCAACUAAAAGCAGCUAUGUAAGCUACAUAGGUAUGUUAUCUAGGUAGCUACAUUGACAUAAGCUAUGUUUGCUACAGCUCAAGUUGCUUAAGCUAACUCAGCUACAUUGGCUUAUGUAGUAACAUAAAUCACAUAGCUAGCAUAGUUUUGAUAGCUUUAGCUCAAACUCACAAAGCUAAAGCGAGCCACUGUUGGUGUGACUACGUCUGAAACAAUAAUUUUCCUUUUCUUGAUAUGACAGCUUUUCCUCCUCUAACAAUUAAAACUUAAUUACUUUUUUCCCAAAUUUGUAGUAUUUUCAGUCAGUUUUUAAAGCACAAUAACCCCACUAGUGUUAGCUAUCAACAAAAUUAGCUUUACAGCCAAUCUUAUUUUUGUACUUGACUGGAAAAAAAAUUAUUUUGUGCAGUAAAAUGAGGAUUAUAAAAUGAGUCUUGAUGGGACUUAGUAGAUUUUGGAGUCAGCCUCAAGUGGACACUUGAGGAACUGCAUUUUUUUUGCUCUUAUUAUUGCCUUUACUUCUCAGUGCUAGAUGUUUAUCUUGGUUUAGAGCGUCAUAUUUUGACUUUUUAGAUUCACAAUUUUAAAUUUUAACUCCCAUCUUGACUUUUAAGCUCAUGAUUUUGAUUUUUAUGUCAUAUUUUGACCUUUAAAACUCAUGAU